UGUGGAGGUCACGUGUUUCCGCUUACUGUGGAGCUUCACAGCGGCUGCAGCAGAGUCUCCCUUUGUAAAACACUACAGGCGCAGGACUGUUGUUAUUUGAGGCAGAAGUGUGAUCGAGUUCAGAAAGAAUCUCAUCGGCCAGAGGCAGACAAGAUAAAGAAGAUGCCAAAAAUGUAUCCAGCUGGCCAGAAGAGUUUACAGAAAGAAUGUCAACGUGAAGAGGAUGUCUCUGAAAAGAGGAACAAAAGAAAGGGUAGGACUAACAUUCAGAGACCCCGCAAAAUUAUAAACCGUAUCAAGCUGAAAGAACGUAAUCCUCAAUAUAUGGGCCCAGAUGAAGACUUAAACAGAUUGGGCUCCAGUUUGGGCAGACGCUGCUCCUUGAAGGACAGUAAUGCCCACAAGCCGUCAGAAUCCUCGAAGACUAACACAGUGAGGCCCAAGAAGAAAUUGUGUCCAAAUCAAACUGGAGGAGAUUUUCAAGAGAGUCAGGGUCAUCCACAAAUUAAACAACCUGAUAAGAAUGGGAAGAAACUGGCAUCUGCAACAAAGAACUUGGUAACGGCCUCUCAGCACCCAAGAUUUCAGCCUAUUGUGAAGCUAACAAGGAUCGAUGCCAUCAAAUCUCAAGGAGUGUAUAAUCUAAAUCCAGUCCGCCAACAGUGUGUGGGAACAUUUAAAUACAAAUUGAAUUCUAAAGAUAAUGAAAGGAUUCAUGGAAGUAAGAAACCGUAUAACUGUCCUGAGGGUGGGAAACAAUUCUCAGAUAGUCACAUGCCUAAGAAAAGAAGAGGAGAUAAUACAGGGAAUGAGCCAUACCACCGUUCUAAAUGUGUUAAGAACUUUUCAAAACACAGCCAUACCACAACUCCCAUUGUAGAGAAACCAUAUUUGUCUAAAUGUGGCAAACGAUUCUCACAAGUGAGCCACCUUCAGACACACAUGAUUGGUCAUGGAGGACCGGGUUUAUGUCGUUGUUCAACAUGUGGCAAACAUUUCUUUAACAAGAGCAAUCUUCGCAGACACGAAAGAAUUCACACUGGAGAGAAACCAUAUUGUUGUUCUGAAUGUGGCAAACGGUUCUCACAAUCAAACCAUCUUCAGGAUCACAUGAGACUGCACACAGGAGAACUGCCAUUUUCCUGUUCUGAAUGUGGCAAACGGUUCUCACAAUCAAGCCAUCUUCAGACACACAUGAGAGUGCACACAGGAGAACAGCCAUUUUCCUGUUCUGAAUGUGGCAAACGAUUUUCAAGUAGAAGUAGUCAUCUGAAGCAUUUAAGAGUUCACACUGGUGAGAAGCCCUAUUGCUGUCCUGAAUGUGGCAAAAGAUUUUCCGACACAAGCAGCUUUUUGCGUCAUGCAGGAGUCCACAAUAAAGACCAUCCUUAUUCCUGUUCUGAAUGUGGCAAGAAAUUCUCACAAAGAGGCAGUCUUCGUAGACAUGUAAGAACACACGUUUGAUAGAGGCCAUACUCGUUUCCUGAUUGUGACAGGCUAUUCACCGAUAACAGCAGCCUUCAUAGACACAAAAGAAUUCAUUCUGGAUUAAGGCCAUAUUGUUGCUCUGAAUAUAUAUAGCAAGUGAUUUAUACAACCCUGCAGCCUUCAGCGACACGUAAGAACUCAGACAGGAGAAAAGCCAUACCAUUGCUCUAAGUGUGGAAAAACAUUCAUACAGAAAACUCCUCUUCAGGGACACAUGAAAAUUCAUGCUAAAAAGGCAAACACCAAAGAGACUGUAAAUAUCAAAAAGAAAAAUCAGAAAUAAUUCAGUCAGGUGUGGAAAGAAAAUUGGAUUUGCUCUGGUAGUUGGUUACACAAAAUGCAUUUGAAAAAAAUUGGCAGACUCAUUUAGGCAACCCUGCUUAUUAAUUUACUGUAAGUGGCUUUUGCACAAAUGACUAUUGCACAUUGUACACAGGUCUACUUUAAAAGUUAUGUUAUUUAUCUUAUGUUAUACUUCUAUGCUUUUUUAUAUUUUAUUGUACAACGAAAUUGAGAGAGAAACAGUAUUUUUAUUCUCCUGUAUGUUCUGCAC